CACCGACUUUGUGCACCACACACCGUGCAUCACAAUCAAUCACUCAUCAUCAUCGUCACCAUCACUUCCAUCUUUGCAUCACACACUCCCCCUUAUACACUCGCAGAAAAAGGAAUCACACACGCACACACCCUUAUCCGCGCCGUGCCCACCCCACCGCCUUCCGAAUCGACUCGACCCACUCCUCGCUAUCUCUGCUAUCAAAACUGCCAGCUCGCCUUAUCCACUUCCUUCCCCUUCACCCACCACACCACAUCGCACACCUCGCUCCGUGGCCACUAACCACCUGCCCCGCCGCUGGCCGCCGCCAUCCCGCCCCACCCUAUCCACCGCACCGCGCCGCCCCUGGCAUCACCAAUGUCAGGCGGCAGAGGCGGCGACCGCGGCGCCGAGCGCCCAGACCUGCCUGCGAGCUCGAGCUCGUCCUCGAGCGUCGGCGCACUCUCCUUCCUGCCCAACCUCUUUGGACGGCGCACGUCAUCCAAGGCGUCAACGACGACGGCCACCGCCCUCGCCCAUGGCGCAAAAGCCAGCGCGAGCUCCAGCGUCACCCGCGAGUCGUUUGAUGAGGCCCGUCUGCUCGCAUCGCCGCCGGCAGGGCUCGCCCUCCUCCCCGGCGGCAGCAUCUCGGGACAGCUGCCCGGCGCCGUGACCCCCACGCAGCCGGCAUUCAACAUCGAGUCCGCCCUCGCGACCAUGGAGCCCGGCGCUGCCAAGUCCAACGCCGAGCUCGUCGACACUAUCAAGUCGACGUCGGUCUGGAUCGCAAACAACCUCUACGACCAUGGCUCUGCGUCACCGGCGACCGCCGCCCCUGACUUGGCAGAGUUCGGCUUGACGCCGCAGGACGUGCGACGGCUCUAUGGUCACGCGAUGAAAUUUGGCGCACCAGACGCCGACUAUGCGCUGCGCACGGCAGCGAUUCGUCUUCUUGCCGUGCUCGUUGCUGUUGCGCCGCCGCGCGACUCGGUCCUCGAUCCUGACCCUGCUGGACUUCCGUCAUGGGUCACACGGCGGGCGGUCUAUGUCAUUGUCGCAGCGUGGAGCGGAGGCAUGCCGGGCUGGGCGUACAACGAGCAGAUGUACGUCGAGGUCGCUGCCCUCAAGGCUCUUACCCGCGACGGCGAGAUCAUCACGGGCAUGGAGGGCAUCCUCGGCUGGCUUCUUAAACUUCUAGGCGGGUUAAAGACCGACUGGAUCUCGUGGUGCUCUAUGGGGGACGACGCACCAGCGUCGGCUUCCAACACGCGCGAGGCCGCCUUUGGCCCCAUUCACAAUGCUACCCCGCCCGAGACGGCCGCUUCCUUGAUCGAUCUCGCCGCUGCCGUCAUUGGGCACCGUGUCGCACUCUUCGCGCCCGCAGACAUUUCGUCGCUGGUGCGCCCGAUGAUCGAGUUCAUCUGGAUCGGCAUCCUCGCUGCUGUCUCUGACCCAAACGGCGUGCCUGCAGUCUCGUCCGCCAACUCGACACACAGCACACUUGGCCGACGCUCCCAGCCCGGAACAACCCUAAACUCGCCCGCAGCAAUGGCACCGCGGACACUCGACGUCCGCCGCGGAUCAAGCCUGACUGUCGGCCGGGUCGAACCGUUCCCGCUCACGACGACUGCCACACCGCCAAAGUCCCCAGGUCGUGGCCGAAAGCACACUGUGCAAUGGGCUGGACCAUUCCGAUCGCUCUGUCUCCUUAUCAACACAUUGUUUGAAUCCUAUACUCUCAACGACGACUUGUUUGACGAAGUGUUUGAGCUGCUCUGCUUUGCCUUUGGCCAGGAUGACCGGGACGCCAUGAUGGACACUGCCGACGUGUCCUUCAACCCUUCCGAGCUUGUGCGCACGAUGCUAGGAAGCAAGAGCGGCCGCCGUGGCGAGCUUGCCCUUCGAAGGGCACUCGAAGGCAAGCUCGUCAUCACGAAGACCGAAGGGCGACGAGGAAUCAACGUUGAGCGCAAGGUCACACGCGGCGCAGUUAUCAUUGCCCGUCAGGUGACCCAGGAUCCCGAAUUUGUGGCCCAGAGUGGGUCCCUAGGUAUGUCGUUCUGUAGUCUGGCACCAUCGCUGGUGGACGCCGAGUCAACCUCACGAUACCCUCGCGCCGCCCCUGCGGAAUGGGCCCGCUGGCAACCUGUCGACGCCGAGAUCCUGUCCCUCCUCGACUCGCACCUCUCGACUCUGGAAACCAACGGCUUGUCCGAGAGCCAAGGCGACGACGCUUGGACAGAAGGCGAGGCCGCCUGUGACAUUCUCGACGGCAUGAUUCGCUUGGUCCAAGGAGCUUCGCCUGAACCAUCACGAACCAUCCUUCGCAGCAGCGAAUCACCCCUGGUGACAACGUUUGGCAGCAUCCUCCUCCGAAUCCCAUCGGUCAUUGGCCGCCUCCACUCGCAGCUGCACACGAGCACCUCGGCCCAUGCCGAGUCGCCCCAGCUCACCCAGCUCCCUCCCUUCUACCACCCCAAGCACGUCGCCUUGCUCCUCGACCUCAGCCCGUACCUGGACGAGGACGCUGCCAAUGUCGUUAUCGACUACUACCAGCGUGAAUGUCUUUGCCUGCCGUUCACCAAUGACUGGGACAAGAACAUUUGGAAGCUGCUCGAGGCAUUCUGCAUGUCCAACGACUUGCCACUUGCGCGCAUGCGAGUGUCCAACAUGCUCUACAAGGACAUUUAUGGCUAUGUGCAGGACCACCACGAAUCCCGCGACGAACUCGUCGCCAAGGUCCUCGUCCCUUACCUUGACAGAUGGUUGCCAGACGAGACGGACGAUGGGCUCUUGACCGACGCCCUCAACGUGCUCGUGCUUGCCGCCGUUGCCGACACGCUGGCCAAGGACGAGGAGCGCCGCCGGACUGUGCCUAAGCCCCAGCUGGACGCUGAAGACCUUGCACCAAAGCCGACAGAAGAGUUUACAAAAUACCUCGCAAGUGGCAGCUUUGACCAGAUCCGUGCGUUGAUCAUCAAGCUCGCGACCACCUCCAGGUGCAAGGAUGGGCACAGUGGCAGAGCCUCCUCAAACGUCUCGCUCCAGUCCAUGGGGCAAUCACCAGCACCUGACAAGGACGAGCGCGACAGCCGAGAGGGUAGACCGCGCGAGACCAGUGGCCUUCGCAACCUCAUGCGCACCCUUUCGCCCUCCCGUGGAGAAUCGUCGGCACCGCCAGCCAGCACCGGCAACUUGACACAGAUACUUGCAGGGCCUCCAAAGGACAAGGAAGAAGACUACCUUUCCAGCAAUGCUGCGAGCACAACCACACCGCAGCACCAGAGCUGCAAGUCUUUGCAUGCUGCCAAGGCUCUCAUCGCCAUCUUCACCCGGCUUGCCUUCACCGCCCCCCACGGUGUCGCAGUUGGAGGAGAGCCGCUGCGUUGCCCUACAACCGCCCGCGGUAUCAUGGUCUACAGGGACUGUCUCAACCUUCUGUUCCCUAUGGCAGACGGCACGGCCGCAUCCGCAGCGCUCUCCAAGGUGCCUGCGCGCUGUCCUGCUGCCCGUCUCACAGUGUUAUCAGGAGGCAUCCGCCUGCGUGCCGACCGCAAGCACCGCCUCAUCUUCCGCGACGAUAUCAACCGUUUCAUCUACCCAUAUGCCGCGACCAUCUUCCGCACCAAGGAGACGGAAGAGGCUGUACGGACAGCGAUGGAGCAGGAAGAGGCUCGCCGGCGUGCUCGUGCCCAGCCUACGGCCGGUCGUGUUGGGUCGAGCAACGCGGAGGACGAGCGUGGCCGCUCUGCGCGUCCUGGAGUUGCGUCGACCAGGAGCCGUAGUCGCUCCAAAGCGGCUGGCACGCUCCUGCGAACCUCGUCGACCGUCACCGAGCCGCAGUCGUACAACCCACUGUGGUGCCUUCCCGAGGCCGUCAUUUUCGAAACGCCGCUCGACAACCAUCCAAGCGACUACAUGGUCGUCUACGACCCCAACCACCCAGCAGCUGCGAACCAGACUGUGGACCAUGUCGAGGGCCUCUGGCUUCCGGUAUCCGAUUAUCUGCGUGUUUUGAACGGCCUCCUUCGAUGGGAACACGAUUGGGAGCUGGUGUCCUACGUCCUUUGCUUCUUGCCUCAACAACUCGGCAACAAGCACUUCUUCCACGGCGCGCGUGCUGCUCACGAGCUCCGAUCACUUCUUUCCGUGCUCUGUGGCGGCAUUCUCGACUCGGACAACCGGUGGGAGCGUCGAUUCAACGUUCCAUCAUUCAUUAAGCGCCCCCACAUCAACGCCCUGGCCUACCAGUCGCUGUCCAUCCUGAUCUCGUACAAGAACGUUAUGGAUCGGUCAGAGUGCGACCGCCUCCUCCAGUCCCUGGUCGCCGGUCUCGAAGGAAACAGCAUGCUCGCAAAGCCCUGUCUCCAGGCGCUCACCAUUUGCGUGUACGAGCUGGAGCAGAACAUUGCCAAGCUCAUGCCCGUCAUUCUCCGCAAGAUGCAGCAGAUCCUGUCGACGCCGGUCGUGGCCGUCCACAUUCUCGAGUUCCUCGUCGCCCUCGGCAACAGCAACCUGUACCGCAACUUUACCGAGGACCAGUACCGUCUCGUGUUUGCCGUCGCUAUUGGAUACAUUGCGGAGCACAACACGAGGACGGGUUCGGCAUCAGCCGCAGACUUUGCCAACUCGCGCGAGGCGUACACCCUUUCACAGCAUGUGAUCGGUCUCGCCUACCACGCUAUCUAUCUCUGGUUCCUCACACUCAGGGUAGCCCAGCGACCGCGCUACGUCUCAGAGCUGGUCCGUGGCCUCAUCCAUGCCAAGCCCCAAGGGGUCGGGGUUGACGAGCGUAACGAGGUGUGCUUUGACUGGAUGUCGAGGUAUGCUUACGGUAACGCCGAUCCCAAGCCCGCCCAGUCGUUCCUGUCACAGGUGGUGAUGGCCACAGGGGAGGAGCAGCCUUCCAAGUCACAGUCGUGGGUGCUUGGUGGCGCCAUUGUCACCGUCACUUCGCACCCCAGGACCGGAUGGGCAACCAUUACCACGACCCGCCCGACUGGUCAAACCUCGAUCGUGUGCAAGCUCGAAAACGUCCCGCUUCUGGAUCUUGGUGAAGCCAAUGCCGACCUGGUCUCCCUCCCGGCUACCCUCAUGGCCAACCGCGAGCAGAAGCGAGACAUCAAUGAGGGGAGCAACCCCAGUGGUGAUCACUCGCCGGGUGGCAGGACUCCAGGGGAUGCUACGCCGGCGAGUGGGCCAACCCCAUCCGAUACCCUUGACCCGCGCAAGAUUGUCGCCCUCAAAUCUCCCGACCCCAACCCCGCACAGGACCCCAGCCUCCCCGCCGGCUUUGUCUGGAGUGGUGCCGCACCUUCGCAGCGUCGCAAGGACGUCAUGGUCGAGCCCAGCUACCUCGCACUCCAGCUCCUGUCGUCGUACCCCAACAACACAAUCUUCGCUCCUCGCGGUCAGUAUGUGCCCCGCGAGCCCAAGUUUGAGCGUGCGAUUCGUACCCUCCACAACACUCCGGUCAUCAACACGUACAAGAUUGCUGUUCUCUACGUCGGCCCUGGACAAAAGACCGAGACGGAGAUCCUGAGUAACACGGACGGUUCUCCGCUCUACCUCGACUUCCUCGCUGGUCUUGGACGUGUCAUCAAGCUCAAGGGCCAGAUGGACAUUUACACCGGUGGCCUGGACACACACAACGAUACCGACGGCGAGUAUGCCUAUGCCUGGUGGGACGAUCUUGCGCAGACCGUGUUCCACGCGCCGACCCUCAUGCCCAACGUUGAGCACCUUCCCGAGUUCACCAACAAGAAGCGUCUUGUGGGCAACGACUUUGUCAAGAUUGUGUACAACGAGUCGGGCAAUGACUUUGCCUUUGACACGAUCAAGACGUCGUUCAACUUUGUCAACAUUGUCAUCUCGCCGUACGCAACCCGCGAUAUGGCCGAGGCAGGUGCGCUGGCCCGCCCAACGCAGGACGCACCCGUCCGCUCAUCCGCAGACGAGUACAUGGAGGACACGGAGGACUACUUCAAGAUCAUGGUCCAGCGUGCCCCCGGAAUCCCCGACUUUUCCCCGAUUGGAGACUACAAGCUCGUGUCGCGGCGCAACCUGCCCAACCUGGUACGCCAGAUGGCGCUGUAUGCCAACAGCAUGGCUGUGCGCUUCGAGGAGUGCAAGAAGGCCGUCGACGCCGCCAGCGCAGAGUACAUUACGCUCUGGCGCACGCGGUACCAGCACAUCAAGCGUCUCAAGGACAUGCUCCCGCCGCUCGAAGGCACCGACCCCAAGGACCCGUUCGAGACGGAAGAGGCCUUGCGUGACUUUACAAAGAUCUUUGGCCAGCCGACCAUGACGCUGGGCGAGUAGGAUUGUGUAUCUGACUAGAUAAACCCCAAAACUGCCAUUGACUGGCACUGCAAAAGGCGUGACCCGCCCGAUUCCCCCUUCAUUCAUCCUUGUCCAUGCCGCGUUAUACCCCUACUAUAGUGGGACCAAGCAUAGUGUAUUGAUGCAUUUGUGGCGCAUUGUA